GUUGUUUUCUGCUUACCUUAGGAAGGUUGCUAAGAGAAAACCUAUAACGUUUGUCGUGUUUUGUUCGUAAUUUGCUGUCUGGAAAGCUAUUCGUCAAAAGCGUUAUGGACGAGACGUGUGGAGACAGCAUUACCAUAGAGAUGCUGAAAGAAGCCAGGGAGACCGUAAGAGCCAGCCCGUUGGGUGUCAUCAACACGCCAUUGAUCCAUUGGAGCCAGACGACACUGUCUUUAAACGUCAAAAGCAACAUCUGUAUCAAAAUGGAAAACCUGCAGAGUACCGGUUUGUACUCAUGCUCCCUGCCCUACGCGCUGUGCAGGCGUUAUGUGGAGCAGAUCGUGCCGGUGAGCGAGCUCUACGCCGCCGGGCUUCCUGGUGGAGCCCUCGGGGGCGGCCGCCUCCCUGGCCUGGAGGGGAAGACCGCCGUGGUCAUCCUCAGCGGGCGAAACAUCAGCAAGGGCGAGCUGAGGAACUUCCCCGACUGA